AUGUCAGACCCAGCCUCGAGUCGACCUCGCAAGGUUUGCUUCGUGACGAUUGGCGCGACUGCUUCCUUCUCGGCCCUCAUUCGCGCCACUAUCUCGUCGUCCUUCUGCCAUUCGCUUGAGCAGAACCACUAUACAGACUUGAUCGUACAGUAUGGCGCCGAUGGAGACAGCUUGUUUCAAUCAUUGGUACAGGACAUGGACCUGAACAAACAAGGGACUGCUAUCAAUGUAUCUGGAUUCGGACUGGACACGAGUGGUCUUGGACAAUACAUGAAGCUGGCAAAGACAGGUGGAGAUGACAACGGCAAAGAAGGCCUUGUCGUCAGCCAUGCCGGCUCGGGAACCAUUCUUCAUGCUCUGCGUGUCGACGUGCCGCUCGUCGUUGUACCCAACUCGGAGCUGUUGGACAACCACCAGGUCGAGCUCGCAGACGCCCUUGCUGAGCAGGAGUACGUUGUACACGGCAAGCUGGAUGACCUACCGCAAGCGCUUCUAGACGCCGAGAAGUUACGACUCCGACAGAAAGCGUGGCCACCCAUCAACUCAGGUACACACCGACAAACAAAAGGUCUUGCUGGCGUUGUCGACGAAGAGAUGGGAUUUUUGGUCGACUGA